GGCGACGGCGGCGCCCGCCAGUGCCAUGGUCGCCUCAGCCACUGGGAGCCAGGCGCACAGGUCCAGCUGCCGCACGCAGCUUCGCUACUCAGUGUCCGGCUGUUGCAGGACUGGGACGCUCUCUUGAGGGUAGUAGACGCGUCAGCUGUCGCCGGAGUGACAGGUGGCGUCCCCGCGUGCCUGUUGACAAGUGGCUUCCCAUUUGACUGUUGACAUUUUGUAGCCGCAUUUGACUGUUGACAUUUUGUAGCCGCAUUUGACUGUUGACAUUUUGUAGCCGCAUUUGACUGUUGACAUUUUGUAGCCGCAUUUGACUGUUGACAUUUUGUGCCCCCAUUUGAUUGUUGACUUGUGGCACCCCAUUUGAUCUUAGCUGAUGGUGUUCCAAUUUCAAAGUUAACGUGACUAGGGUUUGAUGCCUAUUUGUAUCGCUGUGUAAGUCCCUAGCUUCAAGACGACCUCUGUAUCUCCAGAGCAGAUUGUUGCACUGACCACAUUAACACGUGUGAUGUAAUUAGUUCUGAACACACAACCACUGCAUCAGGUUAACCUCCAGUGGCAUAUCUCAUCAUACUUUCGUACUUGGGAUGCCUGAGACAUUAUGUUGCGUUUCAAGAACUGCCACCUUAAAGUGUGUGACAGUCGUUAUCAAUAAUAGAAAAACGAGUCCAGUAUUUUGACACUACCUUCAGAUGUCCAAGGUACACGGCAUUCGAAUAUCUCAGUUUACUGCAUCAAGAGUGAACACGGUGUAAAUGUAACUGGUAAUAACGCACAGGAUAGAUCUCGUCUACCAGGUUUGUAACGUAGACUUCACGACAUUGCCAAGCGUGUGUUAUUAAGCUACUCAUUGUGUGUAAUAGUUAAGACAGAGUGAAGAUCUCAGUGGUUAAGGAGAAACUUAUCAAAAUUCUGUGACAAACAGCUGCACAGAUAGAUUUUCAUGUACGCUGUACUGUAAGACAGACGGAAAAGAGCUGGUCAGUUGACAUAUAUAGAAUCAGGAGGAUGAAAGUACACAUUAUAGUGUGAUUAUUUCGUGGUAGUUGCGUUUACUCGCUUGGAGUCGUCUAUCAGUGUUGACAGAUGUGUGUCAGUGUACUACUCAGCGUCCUGUUUAUGGUUAGCCAGCACGGUUACUGAACAGUAAGCACCAAAGUGACUACAGAAGAAACUGACUGAAGUGCUCUGCUACGUGAACACUCACACAGCCCAUCACGUAUCCGGUCUCUCAGCUCAGGAAGCGCACAGACUACAGCUCAUUCGAGUGUGACUGCUGCUUCUAGUCUGACACACUGUAAGAAUUUGUAUUGGUUACCACAUGAAGUACUUGUCCACCUUCAGCACUCGAAGACUUUCAUUUCCUUGUGAGAGAUUACGUACUGUUCGAAUCAUUCUAUAUUAUCUACAAAACUUUUUUUUGUUUGGUGGCAGAACAUACCGAUACUGCUCAGCCACGAAUUUAUUUGUACUGCAGCGAGUUAACAUACAGUACACAAUUAGAUAGGUUCUCGAGAUCUGAACGGCUGGAGAUUUUUAUCGGUCUAGAGACAACUUUGAUAACGUGGCGUCAGGCAGAGUGCUGGCUAAUCAGAGGGUGCACUCAACUUUCGAUGAUCUUUCCCUCAGAAUUACCUCGUAGCAACUGCUACCGCUACAUUCCACAUUCAAUACUGUUUGUUUAACAGAAAUUGUUUCCCGCCUACGGGACACUCUCCGGCCAGUCUAGAGCUGCGUUAUUUUCUGCGGUGCACAGUUGUUAUUUGGUCGAGAAGCGUCGCGGGCAGACUGGGUUGUUUUUGCGCACAUCUCUCGGCAGUAUCGGAGGUGUUUUUUUUAUCAUCUGAUCAGUUCCUAAUCUGUACAGUAACGAGCUUUCCAAGGGCUCGACAUUUAAUGGCGCCGGCAUCGGACGACAGGCAGUGCUGUAGCUUGCAGUAGCUAAGCAGCAAGUGACUGGAGACUCCAGCAGCAUCCAGUGAGGAGUACUGGACGUUGCGGUGGGAAGUGUAGUGUUGUGUUGUGCUGAGAUGUGUGACGAGGUUCGGUGAUCCGGACAACCGCCGCAGCCGACUCGAGUGUUGCUUUGGUUUCGGCACUGAGUGGAGACGUCGUCAGCAGUGACCGGAGGCGAGAUGUCCGAGAAGCAAUGGCUGGCGCUGCUGCUGCUCUUCGUGACGUACCUGCUGUUCGGCGCCGGAGUCUUCUACUACAUCGAGCGGCAGGCCGAGAAGGUGACCAGGGCCGCCGACAUCCUGCAGCGUGACCACAUCAUCGACAUGGUGGACCACUACUACUGGCCGCAGAACAAGACGGCGCAGCGGCUGUUCCUGGAGGACCUGUCGGACUUCUGCGGCCGCGACAUGACGGACCCGCCCCCGGAGGACAGCAGCCCGGAGCCCAAGAAGUGGACCUUCUACAACUCCUUCUUCUUCGUGGUCACCGUCGUCAGCACAAUAGGUUAUGGUAACCUGUCUCCCACGACGGACGCCAGCCGCCUGCUGAUGAUCUUCUACGCACUCAUCGGGAUCCCCAUGAACGGCAUCCUGCUGGCCACGCUGGGUGACUUCUACAGCAGGGCGCUGGUGAAGGUGCACCGGCGCUACAAGAGCAAGGAGAGCCAGUACCGCUACCACUCGCGCACCUGGCUCAUCACGGACACGCUCAGCUACCUGGUGCCCGGCGUCGUCGUCUUCAUCUUCCUGCCCGCCGCCAUCUUCAGCUUCAUGGAGGACGACUGGGACUACGCCAUGUCCGUCUACUACGCCUUCGUCACGCUCACCACCAUCGGCUUCGGCGACCUCGUCGCUGGACAGACAAACAUGGGCUUCCAGACGGGCUGGUUCCUGCUGUACCAAAUCAUGCUGCUGGUGUGGGUGAUCUUCGGGCUGGGCUACCUGGUCAUGAUCCUGGGCUUCAUCACGCGCGCGAUGCGCUCCAAGCGGAUGGCCCGGCUCGAGCACAAGCUGGCGCACAACCUCAAAGUGACGCAGGCGCGCCUCUGGCACGGCAUCGCCAAGGACGCCGUCUAUCUGCGCAGGGUCAUCAACGAGAUGUACCUCCAGAAGCUCAAGCCGGUGUACCGCGACGACGAGCUGGCGUGCGCGCGCGCCCUGCGGACCCGCAGCAGCUCGGAGCCCUGCCUGCACACCGCCGGCGGCAGCCCGGGCCUGCGCCGGCGCGCCAACUCCGACUUCCUGGGCGGCGUGGGCUCCGGCGGCGGCCGCGGCCGGCUGCCCAGGGUGAUGUCCGAGACCGACCUGGGCCGCAUCGACCGCGCCGCCACGUUCGCCACGGCCAGGGCGGCCAUCCGACCCGCGGAGCUGCUGGCCCGCGUCGUGGGGGCGCUCAGCAACGCCGCCGCCGCGUCUUCGCACCACCUGGACUCGCCGGAGAGCGACACGGACUCGGACGCGACGCAGCCGGCGGACAGGGAGGCGACCGGCAGCGGCGGCGUCCACGGCUUCAGCGACGAAGACAUCCUGGCCUCUGAGCGCGGCUGGCGCGGCUCCGGCUGGACCGUCGGCGGCUUCAGCAUCGGCGGCGGCGUGGCCAAGCCGGCGCCGAAGUUCCGAGCUCGGGCAGCGAGCGAAGCGCGGAUCCCGGCGUGGGGCGGCGCGGCCCCCGGGGGCGGCGGCUACAACGCAGAGUGGACGUGGACUGGGGGCGGUGUCCCGCCUUCCAAGUGGGUGCACCAGCUCGUUCGCCAGAAGUCCGCCAUACCGGAGAAGCCGCCGCUGGAGGAGGAGGACUCGCUGCCUCGGCCGGCCACCGCCCCCGCGCCUCCCCCGCAGUCGGCGCUGCAGCGCCUCAGCCAUGCGCCGCGGGCGUGGCUGCAGCGCUUGCGACGCGCCCAGGGCCGCCGCAACACCGACGACGCGGACGUCGACGGCGAGCCGCGCGCCGCCCCCAGGCCGUCACUGCUCAAGCGCAUGUCGCUGCCUGCGCCGGACCUGCUGUCCAUGCGGCGUGGCAGCUCGCUCAUGCCCGAGCCGCAGUACGUCACCAUCACCGGCGCGGCGCAGGCCCGCGGCCACACGGAGCACAUGGGCAGCGUGCUGGAGGAGACGUCCCUGGCGGACUUCCUGCGCGCGCUCUCCUCUGUGCACGACCGGUUCGCGGUCGCCGGCAUCGCCGACGAGUCUCCCGGCUGCCGGAAGCGGCGCAAGAUGGGCACCGCGUCGCUCACGCCGCCGCUGCUGCACCACUCCCUAGAUGCAUUGCCAGAAAAAGGGUCUUAA